UCUGUUGUCGUGUUAGCCUAGAGUUGGGUGGUGCGCAGUCUCAGUGACAUGGGCAGAUAUCACAUGAGUUAGCCACCGCUCAUAAGGUUCCUAUCGUCAUCAAAAAGAAGACAGAACGGAGGGUUAAACUGGGCGGCUCCUGCGUCUGCGCGGCAUGGCCCCCUAAUCUAGGAUUAUGGAGGCUUAUCUAAACUCGCUGUUUAUAAAGUAUGUUUUUGGUAGGAAAUUAGCUAGUCGUGGAUGGCACGACCGGGGUGACGCAUCGGUGGUGGUGGUGCUCCUGGCCGGAACUAAUUAGUGGUAACGACCCGACGACCUACACGUGGUGGUGUAGUGACGCGGCUUACAGCUUAGCACGUGGCAGUGACUUUAAUCGGUGCCAAGCCCAGACCCCAGUGAAGAGCCAGUGCCUGGCCGUCGCUCCCAGUGACCAUGUCUCCCACUCGUGGUGUUCUCUAGUGGCUCCCCAAGUGGUAGUGCCGCCGCCGCUGUUGCUGCUGCUACUGCCGCUGCUACUGCUGCUGCUGCUGCUACUACUGCUGCUGCUGGUACACGAGUGGCACCGUCAGCUGAAACCGCAUACGUUAGCUGCUACAGCCGUCCACGCCUCGACAAUAACAAGGCGACUGGUUAGCGUGGCGGGGAGGUCCACCUCGUGCCCCCCGUGAACUUUUGACCUGGCUUCAGCGAUGGACUUUCAGAGCGCCAUGGAGACGUUUGCAGAAGCGUGGAUGGCAGCCAACACCAAGUCUCGCCCCGACUCCUCCGAUCCCCAGCGGGAAGGGAGCGCCGAGCGGACCAAUGGGCGAUCGGAAGAAGUGACGCCUCGGGAGCCAGCUGCGCAUCUGACCAAUGGGGAUUCGCCAAACAGGCAAUCUCCCGUUUUAUUGGCCAGGGAUCCAGAGGGCAGCCCUAAGCCUCUGUCCGUGGGUAAGAACAUCCCUCUACACGUGGUGAUUGAAACUAUCCCCCUCUGUGGUGUGGGGAUGGGGAUAGAAGAGCUACGGGGGAGGGUAGAGAUGGAUAGCUACGCCCUCAUCCCUGGACACACCCGCUUCACCGACCUCCUGCAGUCAGCUCUGGUCAAGUUGGGUUACUCGGAGGAACUGACCCAUGCAAGAGGUCUUCUGCAGCUGAGGAACUGGCGGCCGCUACCCCUCGAACACAUCCCUGAGACGGAGGACAAGACCGUGGCCGAGGUGCUGUGUGACGUUGCCCCUCUCGCCACCCUACACGUCCGUAUCUACAGCAGCCCGUGGAAGGUGCGGUGUGCCAGGGACAUCAAAGAUCGCCUCCUUCGUCUACUCCUGCAGCAGUCACAUCACCUUCUGGUCUCCUCCGGCUGCCCCCUCGAUGAAAGCUUGUUGUCAGCACUGAUCCGAGGGUCUGGGGAGGUGAGCGAGGAGUCCGCCAGGCAGUUCGAGGCAUGGUGGGCGGUGCAUGUAGCCCACGUCUCACGCCCACCACCCUCCGCCCAUGUGAUGACGCCCCCACACCACGUGCACGCUCGCCCACACUCCAUUGAGAAGAUGCAACCUGAGCCUCUCCACCCAGCUAUACAGACCGUGACGAGCCAGUAUGGACCCCAGAAGACAAGGAUGAGGACUAGCUUCGACCCUGAGCUGGAGCUGCCCCGCCUCCAGAGAUGGUUCGCUGAAAAUCAACACCCCACCAGGCUACAGAUUCAGCAGUACGUGGCUGAGCUCAACGCCCUCGAGUCCAGGAGAGGCCGCAAGCCGCUAGAUGUCAGCAACGUCGUCUAUUGGUUCAAGAACGCGCGGGCGGCCUACAAGCGGCAGGAAUUCAGGUCAUUCAACGGACUGAAAUCGCCGCCACCGGAUGAGACCAGCGUUUCGGAUAAUGACGAACACCACGACCCAUACCCACCUACCUCCCACCCACCCCACGCCCUACCCCCACACUCCCCGCCCACACCUCACGACCACAUCCAACAACAACAACAGCAGCAUCAGCAACAACAACAACAAUCACAACAUGAAGAAAAUCAGCAACAGCAGGAGGAUGAGGAACCAGGUCCGCCGGGGUCAGAGCCAUGCGAGGGGGUGCAGGGUAGGAGCCAGGGGGCGGGGGGCAGCUCCGGGGCGCUCAACACUACGGGUGAGCGCUGCCCCCCUGAGAGUGAUGUGGACAUGAGCGAGGAUGAAGACGACGUGCGGUCAAGGGAUAGCGUGAGCGCCACCAUUGAGGGCAAGUGUUCGCCGCCGCCGGUCGUGUCCCCAGGAGCACUGUCACUGCCGCCGUACCCUCCCCUCCCGGGACUACAGCCGGGGAUGGACCGCCUGCCGUACCCCGUAGUGCCGGGCUCCCUCCUCCAGCACUCUAUGAUGUACAUGGCUCACUACAUGCCCCAGCGUGUCUCCUUCUUACAGGUGUCACCGUUCUCCAGCGGUCUGGGGAGCAGCGGACCCCCUGAGGAACGCCGCAAGAGGAACCGCACCUUCAUCGACCCGGUGACGGAGGUGCCGCGGCUGGAGCAGUGGUUCGCCAUCAACACUCACCCCAGUCACAACCUCAUCCUCAAGUACACGGAGGAGCUCAACCGUAUGCCCUAUCGCCAGAAAUUCCCUAAACUCGAGCCUAAGAAUGUCCAGUUCUGGUUCAAAAAUCGUCGCGCCAAAUGUAAGAGGCUGCGGGUGUCCAUAUAGACUGGUGUGUCAUCGAGGACUUCCCACAACUCUUUUUACCCCACUACGAGUGCUGUCCAGAACUGGAAUCCACGAAUGUCCAGUUCUGGCUCAAGAAUAGACGCGCUAAAUCCAAGAGGAUACGGGAGUCCAUGUAGGCCUUGGGAGUCAACGUAGGAUGUUUUGCCUUUAAGGACCAUCUCUACAGGAGCUCAGCCGCAUGUCUUACUACCAAAGUUUCCUGUACUCCAGCCCAACAAUAUCUAGUACUGAUUCAAAAAUCGCCGAAUCAAGUACAAGCGUCUGCGGGCCAUCACGAUGGGUUGUUCGGUGGUUGAGGACUUCACCUAUAGUCUUAAGUCUUAUUACCCAAGGUGAAGCACCUCUGUUGACACGUUUCUUCAAAGGUUCCUUGGAGGAUUAGCCUUCAAGAGCCACCGCUACGGACUUGCCUGAAAGAGCGCUGACAGUAUGAACGCAGAAAUAAAACUUAAACAGAAGUUCAGUAAACAUGGCGUAUGUGAACCAAAAUUAACGUUUCUGCUUCGAGUUUAACCUGAACUUCUAAGGCUUGUGAGGAGAUCUGGUCUUAUCUUCUGUUCAUGAAAACUACAGAGUAGCGGGACAGACCUCGCGUCGUCCACAAACAGAAUCGGAGUGGUACGCUUUGAUCCGGUGCAAUGUGUCGAUGUCUUGUGUUACUCUCCUGAGACAUGAUGAGGUGGUCCGAAGUUCCUCGACAACACGUGAGUUCUCCAGCUGUAUCCUGGAACUCCCACGUGAGGUUAUCUUGCGACCUUUUGGAAAUUAUUGUCAAAGUACAAUCAAAUUGUCUUGAAAAACGCGUUUGUUUACAAUCCUUCGGGAGCAAUAUUAUUAUUUUAUUGUUUUGGGUGGCCAUAACAUGGUAAAUUUACAAUAGUAAAAUUUAUUACAUGUUCUCGAAGUGAUCGAUAUCUUAUAUAUACUAAAUAUUUAAAGAGUGUAUCCGUGGUGUUGAAAGUUUAAUAUAAAUCACACUGGAUAGCCUUCAAAAAUAGUCUUUGAAACAGUGGAGUGAAGGUGGUAAAUGCUGUGUUGACCUUGUGGAUCAGUAAAUACACACAUUCAAUGUCCGCUAAAGAAAGUCAAAAUCCGAAAGCUCUGGGGAAAAAGAUGUUCAGUGAGGCGUUAUCGACUGAAUCAUAUAACCCCUUGCUAAGGACAAUAACAAAACGUGUUUUGUUCGGGUAUCGUCCAGGAUUUACGAUGUAGCACGAGUACUAAGCCAAACUCAGCUCCGGUGAACCUAGAAAUUUAGUCUUUUUUUUCGCAUUUUGAAAAGUGUAGCAAUAACAAAACCGGUGUGUUGUGUGAGACAUUUUGCUUCUCCUAUGAUGAAUUCAGGUACAACAACAAUAAUAAUCCAGGAUACAUGAACUGUAUACUUGAAUAAAAAAUACAUAUACAUAAGCAUAAACAUCUCAGAUGUCUGUGAUUUUCGUUCUCUCGUGGGUGCUGCGGUCUGCUCGUAGUGAACGAUGACACCAUGCUAGUCUCGUUUGCUCGUGCCUGAAGGAAGACCACAGUGACUAUACAAAUUUUUAUGCAUUCGUAGGUGCUAUUAAAUGGUAACCAAGACGGGAAAUUCAUACAACUCGUAGCCAUGGACGGAUAACAAUGAAACAACACGCAGCGAAUGUGGAAAGAUAGUGAGUGAGGACGCAACGUUAAGAGCACUGCCGCAAAGAUCCCCCGGGUGUGGAUAAGUAAUAUUUAUAUUCCUACUGGCAUAUGUUUGCCCUUUAUUUAAUAAUGCUUUGCCGUGGCUUAAUAACCAGAGUUGCCAUUUGAGUGUUUACCACGACCCGUGAAUCCCAAAAACCUCGACUGGUAAAAUGACUGACAGCCAAACACGUUACGUCACAAUAGCUGACAUCAAAAUAGGUAACGACACCGGCGCUUCGGGGGAGAUUAGAGAAAUAAGUAACAGAAAAGCAAUUAUAUGCCCGUACAAUUACAUCGUUAAUUUUUACGGUGUUUGUGACUGACACUUUUUUAUAAACGAGAUGAGAAGGAAUUACAAGAAUGAAUAUUUACAGGAGUUUUUUUUAAGUUAAAACACUUUCAUUUGAAAUUAAUGCCCAAUUUUUUAAGUACACUUAAUGCAUCAUUCUACCUGGGUGAAUUAGGAAAAAAAGUUUUUUUCCCUAGGGGGAUUAUCCGAGUAUGUAUAUAUAUAUAUUAUAUAGAAGAUAUACACUAAGUAAUUCUGUUAAAAAUUGCCAAACUCAAAAAACUAUCCCACGUUCCUUUGACAAUAUGACAGUGACCCAUGAACAGGACUAGUAGUAUUUCUAGGGAAUCAAAUGUGUCUAUCACUUGCACCCGCAAACACAGACCUGCCAGCCAGACAUACAGAUGAACAGUUAAUAAUGCUAAUCUAUCCGUGUUUUAAUUAACAUGCUUGAAAUCUAAAUUACAAAGCCACUUAUUUUAUAUUGAUGACUAUUGUAUACCGUGCCUAUGAGUUUUCUUGAAACAUGAAACUGAUGUAAAGUUAACGCGCUUACAUUUUAUUUUAUAUUUUUAUUUUAUUUUAUUUAUUUUUUUAUUUUUUUUUCAACUAAAGUGGUUCUCACUUCUUACAAAUAUCAACAAUAAAAGCAAAAAAUAAAUUGAAGAAAAACGAAUAAACACAGCGGCACGGGAUACACGAUUAAGCUUACCAACCUCCUCGCCUUUAUAACAGGUAAAUAAAAAACAAGUACUCGAUGUUACAUCAAACAAGACUUACACGGUAGUUCAUUCACCAUAACUGACACGACAUACAGCGCUCAAGAGGAUGACUGCGGCAAUGUAAACAAACUGACCGAUGGAGAGUAAGCGAGCGACCUUUGUUGUGCUGUAUAUAAACCCGUAUGUACUCGACACCAAUCAUUCAAACGGACCAGAGUGAGAGAGAAAGAAUAACACAGUAUAUUCACCAACGCUUAUACUCGUAAAUUCAGUCUGUCAGUCAGUCAUUCAGUCAAGUUAUUUAUUCAUUCCUGUAAAUUAUUGACCGAUGAUAUUAUUACACCCUACUAGGAUUAUCGUAUAUGUUAACCUACAACCAGUGUCAUCAUUAUUAUUAUUAUUAUUGUUAUUAUUACUAUUAUCAUUAUUAUUAUUUUUAUUUAGUAUUGUUCUUCAGUGUGUAAAGACUUAAUAUUAAUCACGUCUAGUCAUUUUGAUGGAUGUACAGUACCUUAACCCUGGAACCUUGGAAUCCAGAGAAAACGGAGACCCUGAGAUUAAGAAACAUUUGAAUCUGUAUCCUAAAGAGAAAUUGGAACUUUGAGAUGUGAGAAAACUGGGACCUAAGAGAGAAACUGGGACCUUGGGAUGUGGCAAAAUACUGGGACCUGGUAAACUUAGGUCUACGGUCUCGAACUGAUACGCAACCCCUCACUUUCCCUGCCAGUCAGUCUCCCAGUUAACGGUCUAUCGUGUAUUAGGUGCAAUGUAACAGGUGCAUUGGAAUGGUGCGAUAUUGUUCCAUUGAGGGACUAAUCUGCCUCGUUCUCUUGUACGAGAAUUUAAUGGAGAUUUUUUGUUUUAUUUAUUUAGAUUUUAAGUAGAAGGAAGACUCGGUUUCAUUAUACUCGUACACAAAGAUACAAAGACAUACUCAUACUUACACAAUCACACUUAUACACACACACACACUUUUACACACACACACAUAUACAAAUAUAUAUUCAAACAUACAUAUGAACAUAAAAAUAUAAAUAUAUAUAUAGACAAAUAUUAUACGAUAUUUUUUCACUAUAUAUUUAAGAUUACCAAUUUGUUUCAGUUGAAUUGUUCAGUCAUUAUUUUUUCGUACACAUUUACAAAACUGUACGAUUAUAAUUAUUAUUAUUAUUAUUAACUAUCAUGUACCGAUGACUACACUCACCUUCUGUUUAACACGUGAAUGUAGAACUGUACAAUUUUUUUAUUUUUUUUCUUCAUAUCAAUUUCCGUUUCCAUUGGCACACACAUGACUCUACAGAGGUUUUUUUCAAGUCUCCCUUCAUAGUGGUAGUGUAUCAUUGCUUCAUUGUUUCACGGUGGUUCGCUGAACCAUUUGGCCUGGAACAAGAUCUUGGAGAGACGAACCGCAUGAAUCUGGUUCCUUGUGAUAUUUUUACUAUAUAUUAUCUGUAACUUGUACAUAAGAUUGUUAUAUAUAUUGAAAUUCCAUGGAGGAUGUAAAUGCGUCACUUUUUAUUUCAUCCGUGUGUGUAUGUAAUUCGAAUAUGUAUAUGUGAGAGUAUACCUGUAAUGUAUAAUGUAUGUCUGAAUGUAUGUUUGGGUAUGUACGGUCCGUGUGGCUGUACGUGGUAAUAUUUCAACAGGAGACGACCUACACAAAGGUUAAUCCACAACAUUGUACUUCCAGUCUUGUCAUUUUAAUAGACCAACGUGUUAUACCGAUUGUAAACAACUAAAAAAAAAAUAACAAAAUUUAGUCAA